AGAGUGUCCUAGGUCCACCUUCUGAGACUCAUUCCACCAUGAAGCUUACCAUCACCUUCCUAGUGUUCUGUGUGGCUCUGCUCAGUGACUCUGGUAUUGCUUUCUUCGUGAACUCAGUGGCCAAAUCUGUGCCAGAACCCGUGGCUGCCGUUGCCCCUGCUGCGGAGGCUGUGGCUGGGGCCAUGCCUAGCCUACCAUUAAGCUACUUGAGCAUCCUGAGGUUCAUCCUGGCUGGCCUGGGCGUUCCGUUGGAUCCCCUCAUAGAGGGUUCCAGGAAGUGUGUCACCGAGCUGGGCCCUGAGUCUGUAGGGGCUGUGAAGACACUGUUGGGGGCCCUGACAGCGUUCGGUUGAGGUGAACCAGGAAUGACUGCCUACCGAGAUGUGCUCUUCAAUGAGAGAUAGAAACCCUACCACUCACGACUUCCUUCUGCCUUAAUAAACGUGACUAGAGCAGCU